AUCUUCACCUUGCUGCUGAGCUUGGGAAGACACUGCUGGACCGUAACACUGAACUAGAAGAAUCUUUACAACAAAUGUAUGCAACAAAUCAAGAGCAACUGCAGGAGAUAGAGUACCUCACAAAGCAAGUGGAGCUCUUGCGUCAGAUGAAUGAUCAGCAUGCAAAAGUUUAUGAACAGCUGGAUGUGACAGCAAGAGAACUCGAAGACACUAAUCAAAAACUAGUUGCGGAGAGUAGAGCUUCACAACAGAAGAUAUUAAGCUUGACAGAGACUAUUGAAAAUCUGCAAACGCACAUAGAUGACCUGCAACGGCAAGUAGAAGAAUUGAAAAAGUCUGGACGAGGCCGGAUGAGCCAUGAGAGAUCUGACCAGCCAAGAUCAAUGCAUAGUUUCUCAUGUUUGAAGGAGCUGUAUGACCUUCGCCAGUAUUUUGUUUAUGAUCAUGUGUUUGCAGAAAAGAUUACUUCGAUGGACAGUCAGCUAAGCCCUCUAGAAGAAGAAAAUGAGAACUUAAAAAAGGCAGUUACAGUUCUGCAAGCCCAACUUAACCUAGAAAAAGAGAAGAGGGUAACAAUGGAAGAGGAAUAUAGUCUUAUGGUAAAAGAAAACUGUGACCUUGAACAGAGGCUUGUUGAUAUAGACUUAUAUCGGGCUCGUGCAGAAGAGCUGGAAUUGGAAGUAGCUGAAAUGCGACAAAUACUUCAGUCUGAAAACACAUUCCAUAAUGCAGAGAAAUUGGUGCCAGAAUCCUUUUUCAUUUCAUUCAGGGAAUCCUCAGAAAAGGAGCUUGGUCAGAGCCCGGCAGAUGAUGGACUUCUGACUGUAUCAGAGCUUGAGAAGAAGGCACUGAAACGGAGCAGCAGCGAAACUUUCCUUAGCAGUGCUGCAGGGGGAGACAUUCUAAGGGGCCAUGAAGAAACAUGUAUUAGGAGAGCUGAAGCUGUGAAGCAGCGAGGAAUCUCUGUACUUAAUGAAGUUGAUGCUCAGUAUAAUGCUCUGAAAGUGAAGUAUGAGGAACUAUUGAAGAAGUGUCAAAUGGAUGAAGAUUCUUUGAAACACAAGGCUGUACAAACUCUGAAGCAGUAUUCCAAAGACCUGAAUGUGGGGAAUAGCCAGUAUGAUCUUUCAGCUAGCAAUCUAGAAUGCACAAAUCUGGAGCUAAGUGACUCUCCCACAAAUGCUCUUCCUGAAUAUAAAGCACUCUUCAAGGAAAUUUUUAGCUGUAUCAGAAAAACAAAGGAAGAAAUAGAUGAACACAGAGCUAAGUACAAGUCCCUCUCCUCUCAGCCAUAACAUUGGACACGCUGAUGACCUGUUUCUGUGGGUGACUAAUCUGUUAGUCAAGAAGGGGAAAAACUUUAUACAAAUGUCAGAAGACCCCUUAUACUGAUGUAUUUCUUGAGCACUCAAAAUGAAUGUUUUGAAUUAGCUUGUAGACCUAUAGUUAACAAGCUAGUUAGUUAACAGUGAGUCUCCCUGUACCUAUGUAGCAAUAGAUUUAAUGUUGUUUAGCACUGUCACACAAACUAGUGGUUGUAAAGCAAACAAAAAUUACAGCUUAAUACUGCACUACUACUUCAUACUACACUUAAUCUCUGGCCAGAGCAGUAACUGACACUAGUUUCCUUAGUCCACUUCAAAAAUAACAGAGCUAAGAAAUCUGUACUGUGUUUCUCA